UGGUUGGUUGCUGUGGUACUGGCGUUGUGAUGAGGCAGAGGAGAGCGAGUUAGUUGCCGGGGUUGGUGGAGCACGACAGAACGACAGCCAUUUUAUCGCAAUAUAGCUACAGUAUAAUUUAGAUUUAUCUUCAGUAGGAAACAUGGGACAGUGUGGUAUUACUUCUUCAAAGACGGUUUUAGUGUUUCUGAACCUCAUUUUUUGGGCAGCCGCUGGGAUACUGUGCUACGUGGGAGCCUACGUGUUCAUCACGUACGACGACUACGACCAUUUCUUCGAGGACGUCUACACGCUGAUUCCGGCCAUAAUUAUAAUCGCCGUGGGGACCCUCCUGUUCAUCAUCGGCCUGAUUGGCUGCUGCGCUACAGUGAGGGAGAGCCGCUGUGGGCUAGCGACCUUUGUGAUCAUUCUCCUGCUGGUGUUUGUGACGGAAGUCAUCGUGGUGGUGCUGGGCUAUGUUUACAGAGCAAAGGUGGAAAAUGAGGUCAAUCGUUCCAUUCAGAAGGUUUACAAUGAAUACAAUGGCACCAACACAGACGCCCCCAGCCGCGCCAUUGACUACGUACAGAGACAGCUCCACUGCUGCGGAAUCCACAACUUCUCCGACUGGAGAAACACCCGCUGGUUCAAAGAGACCCGGAACAACAGCGUUCCCGUGAGUUGCUGCAAAGCCAGCAUCACCAGCUGCUCGGGCUCCCUCUCCCGCCCCGGGGACCUCUACCAGGAGGGAUGCGAGGCCCUCGUUGUGAAGAAGAUGAAGGACAUCAUGAUGCACGUCAUCUGGGCUGCAUUGACAUUCGCUGCCAUACAGAUGCUGGGGAUGCUGUGUGCCUGCGUGGUGCUGUGCCGGAGGGGGCGGGAUCCCGCCUACGAGCUGCUGGUCACCGGAGGGACCUACGCAUGAAGGGGGGGGGGGGGCGGGGAGUUUGUCCGUGUGAGGGUGGGGGGGGUGGGGUGUGGUACACACACUCUACCCUUCCUCUCCUGUCCUCACCUGAAGCAGCCCUACGUCUCGGGAGUGCUUCUCCUCCACAGCGACCAUCGGUCUAAGCGGCAAAACAAACGUUCAUUUUUGCGCUCUGGAAGCUGGUAUUUUUCCCGAUAUUUUUUUUCUUAAGUGCUGCAAAAUGCUGUUGGCCAAAGUCUCUAAACCGUCAGUGAAGUGUGAUUUAAUGUGUUCUUUUUGCUCAAAAAAGAAAUGGCCGCUUAACCUACUUUAUUCCCCCGCUUUUGUGGGGCUGGGGGGAGGGGUGAUGGUGGGGGAGGGGAGGGUGAACAUUAGGGAUCCCUACAUGAGAAACUACUGUACGGAGCGAUAUUUGGAAUUAACUCUUUCCUCAUGUGUCAGUUUGCACUAUGUGUAGGGCUUUGGAAAUAUUUUAUAAAUAUUUAAUAAUGUGUACAUACCAGAGACAGGGAAUCCCUAUUUGUAUGUAUGUGUGUAUGAGGAUGCCUCAAGGUUUUGAGUUUUAGGUUCUGACAUGAUUCCGCCCGGUGUAACUGGUCUCCAUUCCGGAUCAGGAGUGAUAUCGGCGUAACGUUAGGUCCCCUCUGCCGUACUGGACUGAAAUGGAAAUGUCAGGCUCCAGUCGCACCCGUCCUGGUCUAAUUCAGCCCUCACUUCUGCCAACAGGAGACGUCACAAAGCAAAAGCUAGCCUUUUCUCUUUUUUAGGGGAAGGAAAAAUCCACAUGCACUACUUAAGUCUUAUUCUGUACUAACCUUUAGAUUCUGUAGUUUAUUUCCUCUCCUGUGUUUUCUGUAUGGUAUAGUGUACUUUUUAGGACAUAGAUUAUUGAUUUUGGGUAUGUGUAGCUUUGUAGAAUAACCUUAAAAUAAUGUAAACGUGAAGUAACUGUAAAUAAGGAUGGAGGGAAAAAAAGACUUUCAAUGAAAAUAAAUCUGUGAAUUCAAAAUGAA